AGGAGCAAAGAACCACCGAGGAGUGGUUCUGGGAUAUGAGGACACAGAGACUGCGCUCAACGUACCUAGGUACCUUCGUGCAUCUCCCUUUGUGGACUGUAUGCGUAGGAACGGGUCUGCGAAGAUUUUGUCGCCUUUAGCAACCCUAGGUGCCUACCAUCGACAAGUUCUGGGCUGCCCUCAACAAACAUUUCGAGUUUCGACCAGAUGCGUCCUGCGGGUUCCACGUGCACAUCUCCUUGUCAACCGGGUCGAACUCGGACGUCCAACUCAGAGCCAUGGCCAAAGCAGUUGCCUUCUGGGAGCCCGCCACCGCACGCUGUGCCCCUCCAUCGAGACAGGACGAUAUCCAGGGAUUCUGCAAGAGCAACAUCAGCCAGGGAACCAUGGUGGCCGCCCCACUCGCAAGAUAUGGACCCCUCCGAGGACUGGUGUACGCGUUCGACUACAUCGACAAUGCCACUCGGGAGUCCAUUGUUCACUACGUGUGCCCUGACAAGUAUCGCGCAUGGAACUUCAACCCUUGUCGACCUGGUGGCCAUGGCAGCAUUGAGUUCAGGCGGGCUCCAGGAGUAACCACCUUUCAGGCAUCAAUCCACUGGAUUGCCUUCACCAUGGCAUUUAUCGACAUGGCCAUUCAACACAGCCCAGUUUCCUUGGCUGCCCAUGUUCGUGAAUGCACCUACCUGCCUGAGGUGUACCAUCCGGAUUUCCGGACCCAACUCCUGGACUGUGCCGCUCAGCUUGGGAUUGCUGAUUGCCUUGACCUGGACACUGGACAGCGUGACGACCCAGAUGCCCUUCACUUCACCAUGUCUAAUGCCAAAGUUAUUAGCCGUUUACAGCGCGUUGACCCGAGAUACCAUUCGAGUGACAACCCGUAAAUUUCUCAUGUCGUUUCUUUUUUCACUUGUUCACUGAAGACAAAACACCAAAAAAACUUGAAAAUAGGUAGACAAACUGUUUAUUGGCUCUGACGUGGUUGGGGAGCCAUAGCUUUCAGAGAGGUGAACAGGGAGUCGCAAAAUGUGGAGGGGUUUCCAGGCCCAUGUUUAGAUAGCAAAGGCAAUUUGGAUUUGAAUAUGGUACAAUCCAUUGUUUGGUCUGCGUGAGGUCCACCUUCUCGUGGUGCGGGCUGUGAGUACCUUUCGGAGGGAAACAGAGAGAUCUCAAAUGUCAAGAACGGGGUGUUGAUGAAG